AACCGUCUUGUUCCUUCUUCCGUACCAGUUUAGAUUAAAAAGAAGAAAGAAAAGAAUAAAUAAGAAAAAUACAACACAAUUCUUCUGCUUUUAGACAUUCAUUAAAAUACACUGAAGAAGAAAGCUGACGCUUUCGAAACGUAUAUAUAUACGAAUAAUAAUAAUAAUAAUCAACUAAUAAUAUUUAUAUUGUAAAUAAUUAUUUUAAUAAUAAAUAAAGAAAGAAAGAAAAAGCAAAAAUACUCAAACAAUCUGGUGGAAGAGUAAUAAAUAUAAAAAUAAAACGAAUCUUGUGAAUAAAUAAAGCAAAUAUUUUUGAAAAUAACUGAAAAAUAUAGUUUAAUGUCAUUGACAGACGAAUCUAUUCUCUUCAUUGUGAAGAAGAAAUGGCAUACUAGUGUGGCUUAAUGUUAAAUUUAUUGCACGUGUGACAGAUCCUUUCCAUCUGGUGAAGAAAAAGUCAACUAAUUAGUUCUUUUUUGCUUUGCAUAUAUAUAUAUUAUAUUAGAAACGUAAUGUUUUUUCUCUUUCUUCUGCACUUUGCUUUUUCAUUUUGUUAGAUUUUUCAUGUGACAAAAGAAUAUGAUGAGCAAGGCAACACAUGGUAAUAAUAAGAGUUUCCAACGUUCUUUUUCUUCUUUUACUGAAAGUAUUAUAAAGCGGAAGGACAAUGUUAUGUUCGCUUUUAGCAUAUAGUAACCAAUGGAAACUUGAUUUGAUAUUAAUUUCAAUAAGUAUUUCUUUAUAUAUUAUUGUCAUUAUCAAUUGAUAAUCUAUAUAUUUAGUUAAAUCUACAUUAAAGAUAGUCAAAGGUCUUAUAUCUUGAAAAGACAAACUACGAAAUAUAUCUUGGUAAAAUAGAAAUAUUUCAAUGUUUAUUAGUCGAUUAUAUUUUUUAUAUAUGCGUCAAUAUUGUCGAUUAUUAUCACCAAUAAAAAUAACUUUAUUAAUAUUGAUUUUGUUUAUUAUUAUUGUUCAUAGUCUAGUUUUUAUUAAAAAUUAUCGAUGGUGUGAUCCUGAAAAACCAUUAUGGUGGUUUUGUCCAUGGCCAGAUGCUGAAACAAUUUGUAGUUGGGAUGAUCAUUUUCCAAUAAUAGAUAAAAAAAUUCGUUCUCCGGAGUAUUAUGAAAAAUUGUUUUCGUCUCUUCCUAAAAUUCAAUCUUCAUUCGAAUUUAAUAACUUAACAUUUGUAAAAUGUACUGAAACAUCAAUUGAUCUUUUAAUAUUUGUAAUAUCAAAAUGUUCUCAUGCAUCAAUUCGUCAAUCAAUUCGUCGAACAUGGGGAAAUACAAAAUUAUUAAAAAAAAAAUAUUUUCCAAAAAUUGAAUUAAAAUUAUUAUUUUUAGUUGAUAUUGAUUCAAAAUCUGAAAAAAAAAUUGAACUUGAAUAUAAAUAUCAUAAAGAUAUUGUACAAGUAAAUAAUUUACCUGAACAAUAUGAAUAUGUAACAGAACGUGAAGCAGCAUUAUAUCAAUUUAUUAAAGAACAAUGUAAACAAACUAAAUUUCUAUUUAAAACCGAUGAUGAUAUAUUUAUAAAUACAUUUUUAUUAUUAUCAUUAAUUAAUAACUUUGAAUAUUUAAAUAAUAAAACAGUUUAUUCAUUAUUUGGUUUUCCCAUUGAAUAUGGUUUAGUUGUUCGUCGUGGAAUUGAUCAAAUUGGUCAAAGAUAUGUUAUUACACAAGAUGAAUAUUCAUGUCCAAGAUAUCCAACUUUUUUAUCUGGUUUUGGUUAUUUAAUGUCAUUUAAAACUUGUUCUUUAUUAAUUAAUGCAUAUCAAACAGAUUCAAAACCAUUUCCAUUAUCAGAUGUUUAUUUUACUGGUUUAUUACCUCAAAUGAUUCAAAUUGAAAGACAAACUAUUUUUCAAAAUGUUGAUUAUCGUUAUGAAACAAAAUGUAAUCAAGAAUUUUUUAUUUCGAAAAAAAAUCCAUUUGCUUGUGCUGCUUCAAAUAAUCAUUUUAAUCAACAAGAAUCAGGUAGAGUUAAGAGUUUAAUGAAUGAUUAUAAUUUGUAUUGGACAAAAUUAAUAGAAAAAUACAAUGCUUUUUAA